AGGAGUUUAUUUUUUUUAAUCCGUAGUUUUUGUUUUUUUGAAACGGAAUUUCCACUCGCUUUUACGUCCAGCUUGUUCCAGUUGGCCUGAAAUUUGAAACCCUAAUUUCUUGUUUAGGGGUUUUUAGAAAACUUAAAUCUUUUUCUUUUGUUUAUCAUUAUUGAAUCCGAAUCAAAGUCAGAUUCAUAACCAUCUGAAAGAUAACAGUUUUGUUAAAUUCAAUUGAUCUGUACGUAAAUUCAACUGUUUCGAAACCCUGGAUUGCUAAAUUUUGAUCGGUUGCUAUCACAUGGCGGAUCAACAAGAAGAAGAGGACUUGAGAAUGGCUCUACGGAUGAGCAUGCAGAAUUUGCCGCCAGAGCCUAAACGGAGCAAGCCGAGAGAAGCUGCCGGCUCACCAGCGACGACGACGCCUGAGGAGAGCAGACGGUUGCAGCGCGAGCUCCUGGCAGCCGCAGCUGAAAAACGCAUGCUGGCAGCGGCUAAAAGCACUCCGUCCUCUAGUCUCCCGUCGAAAAACGAAGGAAGCGGGGGUUUAAGAAUGAAAGAGGCAGAGAUAAAAGCCAAAGAAGUAAAUUUAGACAAUGAAUUGUCAGAGGAAGAAGCCUAUCAAUUAUUUUCGAUGGUGUUUGGAAGUAGCGUUUCAAAGGAUAUACUUGCUCAGUGGAGCAAUCAGGGUAUAAGGUUUAGCCCUGAUCCAGAAACAUCUAUGGGUUUAGUGCAGCAUGAAGGUGGGCCCUGUGGUGUCUUAGCAACCAUACAAGCAUUUGUUCUCAAAUAUAUUCUUUUCUUUCCGGAUGAAUUAAGUAAAGUUGCAGCAAACAUGCCACAGAGUAUGCAUUCCAGGAGAUUAUCCAAAACUCAAUGUGUUGUGUCAGAUAAUUUUGCUGCUUUUUCUGAAGACACUAAAGCAAGGUGCACACUUUUUGUUGCAAUUUAUCCAACAGUAGCCCUGGUUAAAAGUAUGGGCGAGAUACUAUUUUUAUGUGGAAAUAACAAAAGGGCUGUAAUUGCUACUUUAAGUGUUAUUUCCAAUGGCAUUGAAGGAUCUGAAGACAAUCCAAAGGAUGUGAUCAUUGCACAAGCACUUGAAGGUCUUUCAAUUGAAUCAGCUUUUGAUUUGCAGAAAGUUCUAAGAGUUGACACAUACAUGACACCUACAAGUGCCUUUAAGAGGCUUGAAGCAAUGAUUCCUGUUUUUCAAAGUCGCAUGGGAGCACUGCUAUUCCUCAUCUCUGCGUUACUUUCUCGCGGAUUGGACUGUGUUCAAGCAGACCGGGAUGAUCCCAGCCUACCUCUAGUAACUGCACCAUUUGGCCAUGCUUCUCAGGAAAUUGUGAACCUAUUGCUCUGUGGGCAAGCUGUUCCAAAUGUAUUUGAUGGGAGGAUGGAUUUAGGUGGUGGCAUGUUUCUGAAGGGUAUAUCUACAAGUGUGGAAGUUGGAUUCCUCACUCUUCUAGAAUCCCUUAAUUUCUGUAAGGUUGGUCAAAAUCUAAAAUGCCCAAAAUGGCCCAUAUGGGUUGUUGGAAGUGAGUCCCAUUAUACGGUCCUAUUUGCUCUGGAUACAGCUGUUCAAGAUGAGAAUGAACUGGAAGAAAGGGAAUCACAGAUCCGGAAAGCUUUUGAUGCCCAAGAUCAGAGUGGAGGUGGUGGCUUUAUUAGCGUGGAAGGUUUCCAUCAUGUCCUCAGGGAGACAAAUAUCAGACUUCCAUCUGAGAAACUUGAUAGACUUUGCAGCUCGGGCUUUAUUGUAUGGAGUGAGUUCUGGCAGGUUAUUUUAGACUUAGACAAGAGCUUGGGAGGUCUUAAGGAUUCAUCUGGACAGAUGGGUAGAAAGAUAUUUGAACUUUACCAUUUUAAUGGGAUUGCAAAAUCAGAUUUGAAUGGCAGUCAAGCUACGCCUGGAGGUGAGACUCCAGUACAAAGACCCAGGCUUACGAAAUUGAGGGUUUCAGUACCCCCUAGGUGGAGCCCAGAGGAGUUCAUGGCAAAUUUAGUGGUUCCCCCUGGUUCCGCGGGGAGUGAAUCAAGUGGGAAAGACACUGAAGUGCCUAAGCCUGAACCUCCUCCUCAGCAUGCACCAUUGGUGGACUGCAUUAGAACACGCUGGCAUCGUGCUGUUUGUAAUUGGGUGGGAGACCCUCCUAGUAUAGUCUGAACGUAUAUUAAUGAUCUCAGGGAUCCUUUGUGUUCCCGGUGUUGGGGAACAUGGCGGAACAAAAAAAUUUUAAGAAAAAAAUAGAAAAAUGAAAGUAAGAAGAAAGAAAGAAAAAGCUGUGGUAAACCCUGCUGGCUUGGUCACAACUUUGGCCAAUGAGAAGAGGUUGUUUUCCUGGUUUUCAACGUUUCAGGUUCUGUUGUGUAUUUGCCAUUCUAAUUCAAUUUUCAUAUGUUAAUUGUUAAAUAACGAGAGAAAAGGAUCAUCUCAUUCCUUUCGUCGAUCAAAUGGGCAUUCCCUCGGCUUUGCAUUUGCUGCUUGUGAGGGAAGCAUUUCAGCGGGGAAAUGUUAGAAUCAAGUAUUCUUGCCGCAA